AUGGGCUCGAGAAGAGCUUCGAGGCUGGGGGAGGGUGCUGCGGAGGCACGAGUGCUCAUUGCUCUGCGGGAUUCUCUGGAGAUGGUCGAGAGCGGUUUGGAGCGGUUGAUGGAUGAGGAGCAGGUUCUGCAGCAUCAGCUGCAGCUGGAGCAAGCUCAGCAGCAGCGGGAGAUGCAAGAGUGGGGGCCGGGAGAGCGGGUGAAGCACCCAAAGAGCCAUUAUGGCAGGGAAUCACGUGGAGGGGAACGCGGAAGAGCAGCGGCGGACGCGCGCGGAAGAGCAGUGGCUGAGCUGCAGAUGGCGCUGCGCGUGGUGUGGUCGCAGGGGGAGAGCCAUCACGGCCGCGAGGAAACGGUGGUGAGGGAGUUGCUUCACUUCAUCGCCAGUGUCGCCCAGAUCCUGCCAGGAGCAGACAACCCUGUAGCAGAAGAAAACCCCGCACGACACGAUGCCAAGCACCCCUCGGGGCGUCCGGUUACCACAGUUGCACCUGUUGCUGCUGCUGCUGCUGUUGCUGCCGCUGCCGCUGUUGCUGCUACCAGUGCUUCAGCUCUUGCUUCCCCUGACACCUUCUCAUCCACUUUUCCUGCACCUUCUGCAACUGCUCCUGAUCCUCUAGCUCUAGAGCCUCCCUCCGUUUCUUCUGCCUCACGUCUGGUCCCCCUGCCUCUGCUGCCACUCCAACGCCUAGCCCAUCCCUUCCUGAACAGUAGCUUUCGUCUCGUUGACGCUCUUACGGGCGGCAUGGUUCGGCAGGUUUCGUCUGGGUUCUCCGGCUUGUUCCGGAACGUGUGUGGCAAGCCGAACCUGUUUUCCAAGCCGCUGGGUCAGCUUGGGUCGCUGGACGGCACGGUGCUCGGAUUGGGCGGCGCAGUGGGGGUUACUGUAGGUUUGGCACUUAUGGCUGCUAAUGCUGCAAACGGGGGGGUUACUAACGGGGUUUAUCAGCGAGUAGGGGUGCCUCUGAGGGUGGAAGCAGGGAAGAGGGAGUGGGGAUGGCAGGUUGAUACCGAGGAGCAAAAGUACUGGGCUGAUGAGCACAGUGCGAGAGCGUAUGCUGGUACUGGACAUGACAGUAACGAGUAUAGUCCUGGCGUGGAGGGGCAUAGAGAGUUGGGCGGAGGGGAGGCUGAGGGAAAGGUGAAUAUUCCUAUGGAGAGGGAAGUUGAGCGGGGAGGGGAGGAAGUGGUGGGAUAUGCGGAGAUAGUGGGAGGGCUGGUAGCGCCUGUGGUGCGCGAGGAAGGUUAUGGAAAAGGACAUGGGGGGGAAGGGUAUGGGGAGAGGUAUGGGGAAGGUGACUCCUCUCCCAUAAUUUCUUCCUCUGGAAAUUCUUAUGGAAGUUCUUCUCUUUCCAGAGCUGCUUCUUCUAGAAAUGACGCCCCUGUUCGUGUGCAUGAGAUGGUGGGAGACUCUCCUUUGCAUGUGGUGGGCGAGUGGGAGGGGAUGGGCGGACGAGGGGAGGAGGAGGGAGCACUGCAUGUGCUGCGGCAGUGGGAAGGCGGGCAGGAGGACGACUGGGGUGGCGCUCAGUGGGACUGGCUUGCAGAGGAAGAUGAUGAGGGGGGGAGGUUUGUAGGAGAAGAGGUGGAGCAGUGGGAAGGGAGGAGCGAAGGGAUGAGUGAGGGCGGGGUGAUGGUAGGGGGUUGGGAGGAAGAGGAAGAGGGUGUAAGGGGUGGGGUGGUGUAUGGUGAUGAGGAUGGUUCUGCGGUGUGGCAGCGGGGGCCUAUCCCGGGGCCUAUGUCUAUGGGAGGUUCUAUUCAAGAGUCUGUGUCUAUGUUAGGGGUGCGGAAAAAGGAGGCAGUUCAUGGUGGUGAUUCUCUGGGGCAGCAGCAGGAGUGGUCCCAUGACCACCGGGCGUCAGUGGGGGAAGAGGAAUUGCUGGAGAGGGGGGAGGAGGGGAGACGGAGCGAAGUGGCAGAGGAGGAGGACGGCGCGGAUGUUGACGAGUUGAUCUCUUGGUUCACGAGAACCACCGUGGAAAGGGCGGUGUCGUUCAUCAGCUCCCCAGGGCUCAUCGAGCACGCCGUGGCGAUCGAGAGGGAGCUGCUGCACCUCGAGGAAUCGCUCACCGCCGAUCCCUCUGCCUCUCCCCCCGCCGACUACGGCCAGAACGACACCAAGUCCGAUGCAGAUUUCGACGGCGACGAUCGCGGCAUGUCGCUCACUCGCGACAGCUCGCUGCGUGCGCGACGCUCCAGCUCUCGCUCGCCGUCGCCCAUCCGGCGACUCAUUCAGAACGGGUUGCGAACGGUGGCGGAGAGCAACGGCAACGAGGAAGGAGGCGAGCUCAUCAUGCGCAUCCGCAAGGCGAUGCACAUGCGGCUGGGCAUGCUGAGGCGCGAGCAGAACGUGGCGGUGGCGCGCGCAGCAGCAGGCGGCUUCACGCGCGACGUCCUCUCGUCGCUGCUGCUCUUCGCCGACUGCUUCGACGCCCCGCGCCUCAAGCAAGCGUGCGUCCAAUUCUCCACGCUCCUCCGCCGGGAGCUCCAAGCCAACCCGCCGCCCGCCACCCCUCCCGCCAUGUCCGCAGUCUGGCUCCCCCUCGCCCCGGACGCCGCCACCAUCGCCGACCCUGCGGAGGCCGCCGAAGCCGGCGGAGACUCUCAAGCUGCGGCUGCUGGACCCUUCGCUAUAGGCACACCCGUUGGUGGUGCCGCCCAUACCGGCCCGUACUCCUUCGUACCGAUGUAUACUCCCGGUUCGUCUGGCUACACCCCCGGCUCUCCCUUCCCUUAUGGCCUCGUGGCUGUAGCCCCCGGCGCUACAGCCGCCGCCGGCCAGUUCCCCGGCGCUACAGACAUGGCGGGGUUCGGGCGCGGAGGGGGGAACGGCGGAGGAAUGGGGGGAGGGCCGCCGGGGGCGGUUAGGAUCGGGGGAAAGCCGGUGUUCGGCGUGCAUCACCACCACUACCACCGCAUGGGGGGUGGCGGGCGGAAGAACCGAGCGGCUGCGCGCAUCUCCCCCAAGCUCCGCUCGUGGGGGAACAGCGGUGGCGCGGAUGGCGCCGGUGCUGGUAACGGUGAGCGCAAUGGGGAGCUUGCUGACGUCAGCAGCGCGCGGUACUAUGACUCGGAUUCCGGUCUCCCUGGCGGAAGGGCGCGCGGCGGAGGCGCAAGGGGAGCGGCGGGCGGAGGAGGCGGAGCGGGGGAGGAUAUGGGGAAUAUGUCCGAAGCCGACAGUUUCAUCAGCACCGUUGAUGUGGAUGCGAUGAACGGUGCGGAUGCGGAGAUGCUGGUGCUGGGAGUUGCGGGGCGUCCGGGGAGCGCGGGCGGGGGAUUCGCUAGCAGCAGCGGCUGGAGCAGGGGGAAGGGGGGAGGCGGGGGAGGGGGAAUCGGGAUGCUCCGGCGCAGUGGGAGCGGAAGCCUGUUUGUGCGCCCGUCUGCUGUGGCUGAAGGCUCAGAUGAGUUUGAUGACGCGGAUGAGGAGGAAGAGGAGGAUUACGAGGGUGCGGGCUUUCCAGGGGAAAGAAGGCAGCAGCAGCGAAACAAGCAGCGCCAGCAGCAGCAGCAGCAGCAGUCACAGCUCGUUCUAGACCCUGAGCUGAUGCGGAGAAUCCAGGAGGUUCAGCUGAUGCAGCCCGGUAACCAGCAGGAGGCGGAGCUUCAGCAGCAGAUGCUGCAAGACCUGCUAGCGCGGCAGCAGCAGCAGCUGCAGAUGCAGAUGCAGCAGCAGGAGCGGCUGAUUCAGCAGCAGCAGCAGAUCCAGCAGCUGCAGCAGGAGAGCAAGCAGCGGGGGGAGCAGGAGCAGAGGGAGAAGGAGAAGCAGAAGGAGAAGCAAGAGGAGGAGCAGAGGGCGUUGGAGCAGGAACUCGCAGGGAAGGACUGGCUUACGGAUCCCACCACUCAGGCGUUCCUCAAGCAGCCUAACACAGCCGCAGCAGCAGUGGCAGCAGGAGGGACUGAUGGGGCGCUUUUCGGGCUUGGCAGUGGCAGCAGCAGCGCUGGUUCGGACUCUGGGCCGUUUUCAGAUGAUUUCAUGCUCAUGUCCGGUGUCUCAUCCUCUCCUUCCCCUGAUUACCUUACUGGUGGGGGAGGAGCAGCAGCAGCUGCAGCAGGAGGGGCAGGAGGGGUGUCUGCUUUUGACCGCUCCCGUUCCCUUAACCAGGUGCCUUAUAACGGGGGCGCGAAUCUGGAAGCGGAAAUGCUGGGCGUGGUGGCAGGCGCAGGCGCGGGGGGAGACUCAUCUACCCGCGAUUUCCUCGGGGAAGAUGCUCUCCGCGGUCCUGUGGACGAAUCUGGACCGUCGAAUCACGAGGAUCUGAUGGCGUGGGAGGCGUCGCUGGGAGAGGCGAUGCUGGUGGGAGGAGGGGCGGAUGGUUCUUCCUCCUCUUCCUCUUCUCUGUAUGGGGAUGAUAUGGAGCUGAGCCUUGCUGCUGAGAGGGCGGCAGGAGAAGCAGCAGGAAGGGGCGUGGGGAGGAAAGUGGGCGCAGCAGGAGUGGGAGCAAGAGGAGUGGGAGGGGCGGGGAGAGGGCGGGGAGUGGUGGGGAGCGGUGUGGCGGGGCGAGCUGGGAUUGGCGCGCGUGGGCGGAGUUUGUCGUCGACUUCUGCUGUUGGUGUGGGUGCGGGACGUGGCCGGGGCCGGGCUGCGAAUCCGCAGGACCGGGUUCUGAUGGAGAUGGAGAGGAAGCAGCAGGAGGCUGCUCGCCGCAGGGAGGAGGAGAAGAAGCGGCAGCAGGAGGCGAGGCAGCAGCACCUCAAGCGGGGGGCGACAGGCCUCGUCCGCUCCACCUCCACCUCUGGCAUCGAGAGGCGCCGCACCACCACUGCCACUACUGGCGUUACUGGUACUGCUGGUAACCGCACCGCUACUACCUCGGGUGCGAGAGGUACCCUGGGGUCCCUUGCUGGUAGCAGGUCCCUCUCCCAGCAUACUGCUUCCUCUGCCAUGAGACUCGCUGCUGCUGGGGCUACAGCUGGUGGUGCUGCUGCUGGUGGGUCGUCUGUUUCUGGGGCUGCACGGGCAGCUGGGCGGGUCGCUGCACGGCCCUCGAGCCCUGACCUUGGCAAUGGCAGCACCAACGGCCGUGCCCGUCGCACUGUGACCUUCCAGGAGCCAGAGGCUGCUGAUGGUUACAACCCCAGUGCUGCUCCAGGCAGUGAGCAGCAGCAGGGGCAAGAGAAGGAGAGAGAGAAGCCAGGAAAGGAGAACAAGGGGAAGGAGGCCAGUGCAUCAUCAGCAGCACCACUCACAAUGGCAGCAGGGGGGGGAGUGAAUGUUGGGGGGGCAGCGGUGUACCACCACCCUCCUGGCAUGCCGCAUCACUCCCCAUAUGGGUCCCUCCCAGAGGCAGGUGGGGUGGCACCUGGGCGACGGGGGAGCAUGGAGGGCCAGGAGAAACUCGGGAUGCUGAAUAACGGCGUCCAUAUGAGCAAUGCUUAUGGGUAUACUGCACAUACUGCACCCCAUCAGAGUCACGCUCCUGCGCCUAUGCUUGUUCAUGGUGGUCCUGGCGCGGCAAGCCCUGCAGCUGUGGGGUUUGGCGAGGGGCUUAGAGAGGCGAGGCUGAAGCAGGAGAGGGAGUAUUUGGAUAUGUUGAGGGAGAGGGAGGCUGCGUGGGUUGGAUCGGAGCAAGAUGGGGAGAAGAAGAAAUCGUCUGGCUUAAGGAAGUUGUUUGGUGGCUUUGGAAAGUAG